AUGACCUGCAAGGCUAACGAUACCACAGAGCUGAUUGAGGAGGCAGCCCAUGCAGCUCCGGAUGGUGCAGAAACCACUCAGGCACUCCUCAGGACAUUUGCCUUGGUGGAGCCUCCAGAUGAAGACGCCUGCUGUGUGGUUUCCACUGAACCAUCUCUCCACAGCAGAGACAAGCAGCUGGGCAAUGUGGCUCCGAAAAAUAACACACCUGCUACAGACCUUAUCCCUGACACUCCUGGUCAGAAUGGCUGUGCUGUUAACAAGGCAGGUUGUAACUGUACUGAUGCAGGAAAAGAGCAUCACUCAUGUGCCUCCGUGUUCCAAAACUCGAGCUUUGAGGUCAUCUCAUUGUGCAGAUCAUCCUCCCCUGGCUUCUCUGAACGGUUUGCUGGUAGGGCUGGUCCUGAUCUGGCCCAAGCAGAGAACUUUAAUUCAGCGCAUGUGGUGGACUCGGCGAGUUGUUUCCUGGACAUCAACAGCGAUGGAGAUGUAGUUACCCGAGCACUAGAUGAGCUAGAUCUGAGUGAAAGCGUAGAGCUGCUCAGCACUGGAGGGUAUAACGAUGACCAUAACCACUCCCGGAUAUCUUGUGAUACAGCUGAACUCUUACAAACUCCCUUCCCAUAUGUGGCAGAGUCUGACCAUGAGCCUGAGAUGCCUCCCCCUUCUGUGGAGGUACAGAAUUUUUCAGCUCAGGAGCAGGAUCACUGGGCUGCUCUGUCUGUUAUUCAUAAAGCUAAGAGCCAGGAGAGCUCAGUACAAGUGAAUAGUGCUAUUCAGUCACUGGCAGAUAUGCCUGCCACAUCAACACCUAAGAAACAAAAAGUGAAGGGGCACAUCCCAUCUUCCAACACUACACAGAUAUUGGAAGGACGAGUUGAAGGAAGUGGCUACCACAGAGACGGCACAAGAGUAGAUGUGCAGUGUGAUGUGUGCAGGACCAGCCUACCUGAUGGAAGCUUCAUGUUCUGUCUGUGGAUUCAAAGUUCUGGCCAGCAGGGGGCGUUGUUGCAAACAGAUCCAUCUCUCCGUCACCAAUCAGGAGCCACUCCAGGAAAGAGGAUUGGUGAGAACGGUCAAGGGGCGCUGCGCUCUACUAUGGAUCUUGAGCAUUCUCAAGCCUGUGACGGGCAGUUUGUAGAAGACUAUCAGCCGCUCAGAGCUGUGGGUAAAGGAGCCUUUGGUUUUGUUUGGAAGGCAAUAAGACGCUUUGAUGGACAAGAAGUAAUAGUAAAGUUCAUCAGCAAGACCAGAAUAGUGAAUGACUGCUGGGUAGAUGACCCCAUGUUGGGCAAAGUGAGCCAGGAGAUCGCCAUACUGACACGAGUACAGCACCAUAAUAUUGUCAAGGUGCUGGAGGUGUUUGAAAAUGGAAGUUACUUCCAGAUGGUGAUGGAGAAACAUGGACAUGGUUUGGACCUUUUUGAAUUUAUCGACAUGCAGCCGAGGCUGGAUGAGCCCCUGGCCAGCUAUAUCUUCAGACAGAUUGUAGCAGCUGUGUUCUACUUAAGGGGCAAGAACAUCAUUCACAGGGACAUAAAGGAUGAGAACAUCAUAAUCGACAAGUGUUUUCACAUUCGGCUGAUAGAUUUUGGCUCUGCUGCCAUUUUGGCUCCUGGAAAGCUCUUUUAUAAUUUCUGUGGCACGUUGGAGUACUGUUCCCCAGAAGUGCUUCAGGGAAAUCCCUAUGAAGGUCCAGAACUGGAAAUGUGGUCUCUUGGAGUUUUGCUCUACACUCUGCUGUUCAGUGAGAACCCUUUCUGUGACGUGGGUGAAAUUCUGGACGCCAAACUAAAGCCUCCAUUCCCCUUGUCUCCAGAGUUGCAUGGAUUGUUGUGUGGUCUGCUGCACCCUGUUGCCUCAAAGAGGAUGACCUUAGACCAGCUGUUGUUGCAGUCCUGGAUUAGCCAGCCCAUUUCUCUUGCAGAAUACAGCUGGUCUGAGGUAGUUCCUGCAACUCAGAGCUUCUGCUCAUCACACCAUCAGAUGUCCAGUUCUAAUGGGUACAUCAGAUCUGACUUGUUCCCAGAUCAAGGAGAUGAGUCGCUGCCCGAAGAGGAAGAGGGUAGCGACGAGGAGAGCUUGGCCUUGCAAAAUGAGCUUCAGAAAUGCCUCCAGAGGACUGAAGACUUAAUUUAA